AUGUUGAUUUCUGAACUCUUAUGGCUACUAGUCUUAUUUGGAUUAUUGAUUUCUCUGGCUUAUGAAGGCGAUGCUUUUGUUGUAGUAGGAGGUCUGAAUACAAGGCAAAGACAAUCGACGAUACAAUCAUCAUCGCCAUCAUCAGGAAUCGACACUCCACCAACGCUUCAGUUCAAUCUUACUUCUCUCCUGCAAGCAGACAAUGCUAAAAGAAUACAUCUUCAACAAAUCUAUGAAGAUGCCUCAUCUAUCAUGGAAUCAUCACAAUCGACAACGGCGGGGGUCCGUGACAAAGAGUUGGAUCAGUCAUCUGACGUCUCGGAGACAUCAACCAGUCCGGCAGCAUUGGAUCCAUUUCGACGUUUCCUUCAGCCAUACUCAAGCCAUGACAAUCUCAGGCACCAUGGCCAUUUCGCAGUACCGCCUUCAUCAAGUACAGAAGAGAGAAUGAUGACUGUUCCUCCAAAUGUGGCGUUUGCCAUGGACGAUCUACUUGAUUUCCUUCCUGAAAAGUUAUCGUCGUCAUUCUCUUAUUCAUCAGCAAAGACGACGAGGACGACCAGUACUGGUCAAGACGAGACAGUUGUCAUGAUGUCCAACCUACACCAGCCAUUAUCAACAUCCUGGCAGCAGGUGGAAUACGUAUCAAAAGUCUUGACUGUAGAAGGUCAAUAUCCAUCCAUCUCCCUGCUGCACGUUGGCACUUCUUGCACCAAUACCUCUGAUGACUUAUCCAUGAUUCGAAUGACAUUGACACACGACUCCGUGGAAGCCCUCAAAUCGUUAAACUUAAUUUCGUUGCAUCCCCAAGACGAACCUCUGACCGGAGAAAACGGGGAGGUGCUUAUCCGGCGAAGGGACAUUGAUAUACUCCGAGCAGUAUGCUGUGGCAUCAACAACGACGAUUUGGUCGUUGAAACACUGAUGAAACUAAUCGACCUGACAGUCACCUCUUCGCAGCCUCGACUAGUACUGAUAUGCUCCAGCAUACAGUCGGUCUAUGUAGCUGCAGCAAUUGAGCAAUGGAAAGAAAUGGCAACCUCUUCGGUUCGACGAUUGCCUCAUUCUUCUGGACUCACAGAGACUGAAGUACAGGAGUUGCUAAAAGAGAGACUUACGGUCGUUACUAUGGGGCCUUUAUCGGAGUUGCCCGUUGGACCAGCCUACAUUCAUGUUUCCAUGUAUGAUGAUGCCUUAGCCAAAACUAUUGCUCUUCCAGUGAAAGAACAUAAAAAUCAAGAUGGUGACGACAGCAACUUUCCCAACAACCCUGUUGUGUUGCAAGCCGUCUCUCCAUAUCCUUCAGCAUCGUCAGAACAAAAUAAUUGGCCCACGGAUGCACUAUACAGCAAUGACGCCCACAACAUGUUGGUCUGUGCCAUCCAAUUUCUUCACUUGGUACUGCGCAUCAAUGGUCUCUCUUCCUUUCGAGAAGUUUUUGAGCAGGGAUCGCAACCAACACCCAUACUGGAUAUCUCACAGUCACAAUUCAACAUUAACUAUGCGGGGACGGCAAAAGGACUGCUCGCCUUGCCGCAGGAUGAAAUAUUAUUGGCAGUCCUGCAGGCCAUGGGGGUUGGGCAAUGGUUGUGGAACCCACAGGACGAGUACGAUGACGACAUCGUUGAAGAGGUUCUUCCACAUUUCGACUAUGCCAAGGCGACCGUUGAAGAAUACUUUGGGUACGAUACCUAUGAAGAGCUCCAAGCGAUAGCGGAAGCUAGCUAA